AAGAGCCAUGCCCUUUAUUCUCUGGAGGUGCAGCUUCUGAAAUCUCACCCUGAUGCUGCCAAUAAAACUGACAUCAUGAUGCUCAGCCUCAGCUGCACGUACGCUCUGGUGGUGAAUGUCACUCACCCCAACCCAGUAGUCUCUUUCACAUAUAUCACCAUCCAUAUUUUGGGCACUGGGGACACCAUCGUCAUCCUGGGCAUCUACACAGACCCCCAGUGCUUGUCUCCACUUGAGAACAGACCAGCUCCCCUUCACAAGCCUCUCUACGUAGUCCUCAGAGCGACAAGCAGUGACCCAAAUAGAUUUGCCCUGGUGGUCAAUGAGGUCUUCGCCAGCACCAGCAUCUCCAGGAGUGGUGCUGUUAAGGCCACCCACUACUUUGUGAAGGAAAGCUGCCCGGUCAGCAAGCGGCUGCUGGAGGGCCCGCGGGCCAACGGGGCCUCCCUGGAGGUGAAACUGGCCUUCAACCCGUUCCGCCUCUUGCCCAGCGAUGCACUCUACCUGCACAGCCGAGUGACCCUGUGUGACAAGCAGGCAGGACGCCCGUGUCUACCGGUGAGCGGGCAGCAGUAGGUGCUCCACGGGCCACAGCUGU